AUGGUGGUCAUAGAGCAGGAAGAGAGUGAACGCCGAAAUGCGAGCCCCUCUAACGCCGCUGGUGCUGCCAACGACGCUUCCGACGGAUUCGAAACCGCCAGCGAGGCCGAUCUCGGCAGUGAUGAUGAUGAUGGCGGAGUGGACAGCCAAGAGGAGCAUAAUCGCCCGGAUAAACACCACCACCAGCAGCAGACGGGGCAACAACCUGAACACGAUGUUCCUCUUAGCACAACUGAAUCCUCCGAGAAUGCCUUGGUUACCGAAGAGUCCUCCGAGAAUGCUUUGGUCACCGAGGAGUCCCCCGAGAAUGCCUUGGUCACCGAGGAAUCCUCCGAGAAUCCCUUGAUCAACGAAGAAGAAUCGAGACAGAAAGCGUUGGAUCAAGCAAAUGAAGCAAAGUUAGAAGGGAACAAGCUUUUUGUAGAUGGGAAGUAUGAGGAGGCGUUAUCGCAGUAUGAAGUUGCUUUACAAGUAGCACCAGACACACCUUCAUCUGUGGAAAUACGGUCAAUAUGCCAUUCGAACCGUGGUGUGUGCUUUCUGAAACUGGGAAAAUAUGAUAACACAAUUAAGGAAUGCACGAAAGCAUUAGAACUGAAUCCUGUGUACGUUAAGGCUUUUGUAAGAAGAGGAGAAGCUCAUGAAAAGCUCGAGCAUUUUGAAGAGGCCAUUGCUGAUAUGAAAAAGAUCUUAGAAAUUGAUCCCUCAAAUGAUCAAGCUAGGAAAACAAUUAGGCGCCUAGAGCCCCUUGCUGCAGAAAAACGGGAAAAGAUGAAGGAAGAAAUGAUUGCAAAACUGAAAGAUAUGGGCAAUUCUGUCCUGGGUCGCUUUGGGAUGAGUGUAGACAACUUUAAAGCAGUCAAGGAUCCAAACACUGGGGUGCUCUUGUUUGAGGUGUUGGAUGUUGUAAAAUUGAAGAAGUGCCUUCACUCGUGUUUGGUAGAAUUGCAACAUGAAUGCGACAUGUGA